AAGGAUGAAGCUCAUUGUUCAAAAAUAUUAUUUUGCUUACAACUCAUGUGCUGAACAGACCUGUCGUACUUUAGUAUUCUUCAAUUUAGUAAGUUCUAAAAAUGUCCUCAAACGAAGUGAUGCCACUUUCCCCAAAAGAAGUUUUCGAGACUGACCAAGCACCAACAUUGAGCUAUAUGUUGUUUGUACACCGAAAUAAAUUGAGAAGUCGUGCCAAACGGUUCGCCAAAAUGUUAAGUUUGGUUCAAACGAAGUUAUACAUCACCGAUACACUCAUCUCAGAAACGAAAAAGCACCUCUAUCAACAGAGAGGUUUGGACGAUUUAGGUACCCUCAACCGGGAGCAGUUAUUUUGCAAUCGUUUGAAAAAGAAAGUUAAACACAUGCUAGCUUGGAAAGAGAUGAGGCCCGAAGAGAGAAUGGAAAUCAAGCAGGCAGCUAUCGCUAUAGGGAAACUGGACUCACAAGACAAUGAAAGUGAAAAAGGAAAUUGUGCCAAACGGCAAAAAUUAGAUGAUGGGAGCGAGUUCAUGAAAACCGAGAUGGUUCAGCAUAUUAAACCUGAUGAUCAAUGUUGAUAAAUGACUUUUGAUCAGUACUAAAAUAGUUUUUAUAUUUUUUUAAAAAUAUGUGUAAAUACGUUAAGUUGAUGUAGUUAAGUAAUUGUGUUAAUAAAUUAAGCAAAAAAUAUUUA